UUUCUCGAUCACAUGAUUAUCUUCAUCUCCCUGGCAAGUAUGUAUGCACAUGUAUAUUAUCUGUUAAUUAACACAUUGCUACUAGUAAUUAACAAUGCACUUGUAUACCUAUCUAAAGGAAACAGUACAUUUGUCCAACAUAUAUUCCAAAUAAGUAAAGAUCUAAUCUUGCAAACUUAUACUUGAAAAAUGCACCUGUAAAAUGUCGUAUUUGUUAAUUACCUGUUUUACUGUACUUAUAAUGGCAGAUGACCCAGGAAUGGCAUGUGUUCAUCAUUAAUUGAUAAUCCCCAAAAGAAGUUCCUGAAAAAAUGGGGUGGUGGUGGCCUGGUGGGAGUCUAGUCUAGGCAGCAAAAACAAAAGGCAAAAUCUUUGGAUAGUAAUUAUCAUCCUCCAUCAUGUGAUCCCCAAUCAUGCCAUGUUUUACUCUUUGGUCCUCUUUGUUUACAUUAUUAGUUUGAAAAUAUUAAUACAUAGAUACCUUCCAUUGUUAAUCAAUAUACUAAAAUGCAUAGCAUGUGAAUAAAUAAUUCCUAUGUAAGUAGAUAAAGGAUUGGGUUGAGGAAGGAGAUCUCAGCUCUAUCCACAAAACCUAAUAAUGGGUUCAUUAGGCGAUCACCGACCAUCUAAACAAAAUGUAUUGAAUCGAUUCAUCAUUAAAUUUGAUUUUGUUUGACAAUAAUGAACUUAAUAUUAAACUCCAUUUCCCUUAUCAAGUUCAUCAUGAAAUAAAAAGAAUCAUCAACAUAAAUUAUACCAUCCACAACAUGCGAUACGGUAAAAUCAUGAUUUAUAUUCAAAUUAUCUAUGAACUGGGUUUUCUUUUUCUAACAACGACGAAUUUAUCUAAGCCACAAACAUUACACCAAAUGCUGGGUUGGUAUGAUUCGAUGAUUUAUAACUAUUUUAAUAAAAAAUAGUCGGCAUUUAAUGAAGUUGUUUAUGCAAUGUUGAUUAUGGUUUAGGGGAAGGAAAAAAAAAAAAAAAAAAAAACCCCAUCUCUCUCGCCUCUCUCUAUCGUGGUGAGUGGGGGCGCAUUGUUCGCCGCCGUGCGACUUGCCGGUAACGGCCACGCCGCCAUCGUGCCCCGCCGGAUUAGGCCUGAGGCGCAGAUGGAGGCUUUAAAAUCCCUUCGUUGGGCUAUGCGAUUCCAUUCGCCCCAUUGGAUUUCCUCCCUCUCGUCAUUUCUUCUCCUUGCUCAGUUGCCGAACCCUAAAUUGGUUUUGCCCAGUAUGGCGGCUCUCAAUCCGGUGUUGUUUGGAGACGAUGAUGUCAUGGCUGGAGUUGAGCGCAGCGACCUGUCUCUCCUGGGCAGGAUCGUUGGGCCUUCGCCCCCCAUCCGCCAUCUCCAGACCACCCUUGGUCGACUGUGGCGGUGUCUCGGGACGCUUUCCAUCCUCCCAGCGCAGGAGGGGCUGCUGCAAUUUGUCUUUCCGACGGAGGCUGCUAUGAACGGAGUUUUGCGUGAGGCCCCCUGGUUCCUCCCCAAAUUCCUUGUCAACCUCGCUCCCUGGGUGGCGGUUACCCCUGAAGUGGCGGAGCAGCUUUGGCGCGUCCCUCUCCAGCUUCAGUUUUGGGAUAUUCCCCCCUCCUGCUGCACUCGAAAAGUGGGUACUUUGCUAGGCCUUGCCCUUGGCAGGUGCGAACCAACGGCAGUCCACAGGGAGGUAGUAACCGGUGAGCUGUACAUACACGCCAAAGUUUGGUUGGAUGCCAGAUCUCCGCUCCCGGUGUCAGUGCCUGCCUCACAUGAGAAAUCCAGUAAAGGAAGCUUCACGGCCACUGUCAAAUACAAAAGGCUCUCUCAAUUCUGCUUUCUGUGUGGGAUUCUUGGUCAUGUCGGCCAACGCUGCCCUCGACGGGAGGAACUCGCUGGUACGGUUACCCCGUACAGUAAAGAUCUGGUGUCGACGAGGUCAGGGCCAAAGGUGAACGAGCGCUCGUUAUUGAGCCGCAAGCAGUUCACUUGGGUUCGACAAGCUCGCGAAGGGACAGAGAAGAGCCUAGGCCAGCCUAGUCGAAGCCGUCCAUUGCCUUUGCCGCAAUCAACUGCUGCUGCCUCCCCUGCAGUGGGGGCUGCUCCUCUGUUUUUGCCGGCUGAACCAUCUCCGCUCGAGGCAGAGGCACAGUUGCAAGGGGGAGGUCAUGAUCCCCAUCAGCCUGCUUCUCUGGUGCGCUCCAGGCCUAUGCUGGAUGGUGCGGCGGACGUGUCUAUGGCAUUGAAGAAAGCUCGGGUGGACUUGAUGGACACCUCUGGUGACAAAGAGAAUGACUCAGUGGUGGAGGAACCCAGCCCAAACUGGUCCCAGCAGCCGCGAUGAGCAUGGUGGUGUGGAAUUGUCGGGGUUUGGGGUCCCCCCUGACGAUUCCCUCGUUGUUUGGGGCCGUUUGCCGCUUCUCCCCGUCGAUUGUCUUUCUAAGUGAGACUAAGCAUGAUGAUGAUUUUGUACAUAAGAAGCUUAGGCGUCUAGGAUUUCCAUUUACUCAUUGUGUUUCUCCUAUUGGUAGAGCAGGUGGUUUAGCUCUUGCGUGUUCUUCUUCCGUUGAUUGUCGAAUAUUAGGACAGGCUGGAUUCUUCUUGUUUGUAGAAUGCCAGCAUGUAGUUUGGGGUACAUUGGGCAUCUUGUUUGUUCAUCUUCACUGUGAUGUAAAUAUUCGUCUUUCUCAAUUCAAUGAACUUUUGCAUUUGUG